AAUACCUCUCCCUUCCCCCUCGUUGCGUUCAUCUUUGUCAACCCGUUUUCUACACCGAAAUCGAAAAGCGAAACAAAUGAAAAUUCGUUUUUCCUCGUUAAUAUAAUUAAAAUUAGGUUAAUUGUGUGGCAAAGGUAUGAAAUGUAUAAUCAGUGUUAAAAUUUUAGAUCUGAAUAGUUGAAAAUUGUACAUAUUCAGCAUGUUUAAAAGCCGUGGAGAUAUUGUUUAUAAAUGUACUGUGCGACUCUUGGAGGAUACAGAAAUAUUAGAAUGUGAAUUUCACCCUACGUACAAGGGAAAAUUUUUGCUGGAACAUGUGUGUCAACAACUAAAUCUUACUGAGACUGAUUAUUUCGGGCUUCGGUACGUAGAUGCCGGCGGUCAAAGACACUGGUUGCAUAUGGCAAAAUCAAUUUUAAAACAAGUGAAAGAUGCGUCACCGAUACUAUUUAGUUUCCGGGUGAAGUUCUAUCCACCAAAUCCUCUACUACUGAAAGAAGACGUCACUAGGUUCCAGAUAUACUUGCAAUUAAAAAGGGAUCUCUUACAUGGACGGUUGUAUUGUACAUCCAACGAAGCGGCUAUGCUAGGAGCACUUAUAAUACAAAUUGAACUUGGUGAUUACGACCCUAGUAUUCAUGUUGGGAAUUAUGUUACGGAGAUGAGGUUGCUUCUCAGACAAACAGAUGCCAUCGAAGCGAGGAUACAGGAACUGCACAGGGAGCCUGUGGAGGGGACGCCUGGAGGCAGUGGAGGGGUGAAAGGCAUGUCCACGCAAGAGGCGGAACGAUCCUUCGUGAAGAUCGCCUGCCAGCUGGACACAUAUGGAGUCGACCCUCAUCCUGUAAAGGACCACAGAGGGAAUCAACUGUACUUAGGUAUCAACCAUAGCGGUAUCCUAACUUUUCAAGGCAGUAGGAAAACUCAUCACUUCAAAUGGUCCGAGGUGCACAAAAUUAACUUUGAGGGACGAAUGUUUAUAGUUCAUCUUAAUUAUCCAGAGAAAAAACACACGGUGGGAUUCAAAUGUCCGAGCGGCGCCGCGUGCCGGCAUGUGUGGUGCUGCGCCAUAGAACAAAUGCUUUUCUUCACGUUGCCAUCAUCAUCAGAGGCGUGCGUGUACUCGGGCGGAGGUCUGUUCUCGUGGGGCACCAAGUUCAAAUACGUGGGCCGCACUGAGCGGGAGAUUCUUGAGAGGGACGGACUGCUGGCACCUAGAGAUCCACAGGAAGAAGGAUCGACCACGGGAGGUAAAAGGAAAGCUUCCAGCGUACCGGCGACACCGUCGACACCCAUGACUGGUGAUUUUGUGAUGUUACUUGACAGCAUACAGCAGCCUGCCGCGGUCGACACACAGCGCGCCGCUCGAGGAGAGUGCGGUGGACGGCGCAGGCGCGGGGCCGCUGGGCGCGGGCGAGGCCUGCAACGGCGGCUGUCUGCUCAGCGGGCCCGCCGUCGACAUCGCGCUCUCCUGCUGCGACCAUCUGCGCCCCGUCUCCGAGGAGUCCAAGCCUGCAGUGUGCGCCCCCGAGUACGCGGGUCGCGACCUGCUGGAGCAGUCGUCGUCGGAGUCGGGCGCGGCGUCGCACGUGUCGCACGUGUCGCACGCGUCGCACGGCACGCACGUGUCGCACGGCACGCACGCGUCGCACGGCACGCACGUGUCGCACGCGUGCGCGGAGGAGUGCGCGGGGCCGGCGGCGGGCGGGGCAGCGGGGUCGCGGCCGUUCAGCCUGGUGCGUGCGUUCGUGCCGUGCUUCGUGUUCGUGUGGGCGGCGCUGGCGCUGGUGGCGCUGCUGGUGUUCGAGACGGAGUGGGCGCCGCUGCGAGCCCUGCGCCGCAAGCCGGAGCUGGUGGCCCUCCGCCGCCUCUACUACGCGCCCCUCAAGGAGUACCUCAAGCGGAAGGUGGUCGAGUUGUUUUGAUUCCGAUCGGCUGUCGUCCGACGCGAUCGGUCGAUGUCAACUGAGCGUUGUGAUUGGUGCGUACGUUGUAUAUUGAUAUGCGAUUUUUUGACAUUUUCGUUUGUAUUACCGACUUGUACUGAAAUUUCUUUAGCCUGAUGCGUUAGGUAGGACUGAUGCCGUUAAUGUAUCUAAUAAUCUGAACGCUGUCUACAGAGUUGUGUCAAAUUUUUCAAGCACACGGUAGGAUAUUUAGGGUUAAGUCUAUUUUUGAAUCUCGGAUAUCUUUACCAGGAAAACAUUUUGUCUAUAAUAUGUUUUUAUGUUGUGUUUGAAACACGGCAGUACUUAAAAUUUUGCAGAAAAAGAUUUUUUGGAGGAUUAUAACGAUUUGUUAAGCUGCUGAGCUAGAUAAUAUAAACAGUAAUCUACUUAUAUUAUUAUGGUUAAGUGUUAAGCUAAUUAUAUAAUUUAUUUCUUUGAAAGAGGAGCACAAAUUAUAUUUUUAUUUACAAGACAAUUUUUUUUAUAUUUUAAAAUAAUUUAGUGUUUAAUAAAUAUUUAUUUUUUGCUAUUGUUUUCCUGGCGAAGUCAAAUAGAUAUUUGUACAUUGUAUUUAAUCGCAUUUAUAUUUAAGUCACCGCUAUACGCUUUCUUAUAGUACAAUUUAUUUUUAAGCUUAGCACACCGGCACUAGGGAUUUGUAAGAUUCUGCAUAAAAAAGUAAAUAAAUAUUAAGGGAGUUGACAAUUUAUGUUGUUUUUUGUGAUGAAAUAAUGACGCUAGAUAGUUUGCCUUUUAAAUAAGAUUAUAGGUUGGUCGGACUGUAAAUAAUAAAAAGAGUGAACUUUCUAAGCGAGCGUGGAUGGAUAAUUCAAAAUAAAAAAAACGUCAAAGAGUGACUAGUUGAAUUCAUAAAAACUCAUAAUUAAUAUGUUUUGAAAAAACAAAAGUUCUAGUCAGGAAUCGAACUAGUUGAUUUAGAAAUACACUAUCCUAUCAGAUGGUCAGUAAAGGGAGCUUAUGUCAUUACUAUUAACUUUGGUAUGAACAGCAUCGGUGUUGCCCGAGCGCUAUGACAUGUCCUUCUUUAUAUGAGGUUUAAAAAGAGUGCUCACCUCCCGGUAGGCAACGUUUUGGUUGUGCCUCUGGCAUUGCUUUAGUCCAUGGCCGGCGGAUGCUGCUUACCAUCAGGCGGACCGCUUGUUCGUUUGCCUAUUAAGGCAAUAAAAAAGUAGUGAUUAAAUAUGACAUGUGAUGACGUAUGGCAAAUUAAAGCCUUAAUUAGAUGAAGUGGGUUACUUUAAGCCAGUCUCGCCUGUCAAUAAGGGCUAGAAUUGCCUCGCUAGGUUCAGACGAGGCAACUUCUUGUGUCCUUUUGGAAAUAUGCUCUAAUUGAGGUGUAAAGGAGCAGUGUUAAUUUUUUGAUGAUCUGUUUUUCAUAUCGGUUAUUAACUUAAAUUGCAAUAUAUAAUUUAAUUUGCUAUGUGAUAAAAAUGAAAUUAUUUAUUAUUUAAUAGUCAACUACCCUGAUGAUGUAUCAAAAUAUUAUUUCGCUGAAAAAAAAAUGAUGGUGCCGUUUUUAUGUACAAAUAUUUUUUUUAUUUACAAAUUAAAUUAAUUAUAAAUCAACCGUGUCACAAUCUGUUAACAAUUUACGUUUUUUUUUAAUAUUAAGACUGACCAGAAAAAUAAAAAGUAUGCUUGUUGGUGCCACUUGCUAUUUCAAUAAGUUAAUGUUGUCCAUACAAGAAAUAUAUUCCACAUUUAAAAACAUGGCGAGGAUUUUUAUUUUUCUGGUCAGGGUAUAAUUCGGCGAUGAACACGUACCAUCUUGUUAGAAUCUUAUCGGAUCUGCGAUGUAACGAAUCUCAAGCAGUUGCUUCUUCACAUUCCACUCAAUGUUUUCGUCUUCCAAACAAAAGUAUUUAUUUACAAUUUUAUUUACAUUUAAAGUUUAUUUAUUAGCUUGUAAGUUAACGCACCAAGUAUUAAAUGGUUAGGUCAUGACGCAAUUUAAUUAUUUUUGGUAAAUGGUUAGGUUUUUAUGAUUCAACUUAUUGUCUUUCGGUUGAACAACAGCGCAAAUCAGUUUACAUAAUAAUGUUUACAUCGCUAUAAGUCUGCGCAUUUGAUACAAAAUUAUUUUUGGUUAAAUAAUAAAAUGGCUAGUAAGUUUCUGAACGACACUCAAAAAUUGUUUAAACUAGGGGUGACGAACCUUUAUUGGGUAACGUGCCAUUAUUAAAAAAUGAAAUGUGCGGAUAACGUGCCAUCCAGGACCGGCUUUAUUGCCCAGUACCUCUUUUUGGUUUGGACAAAAAUUAUGGUUGGGAUAUUAUAGGCGUGCCAAUGGUUCACCAUCCCUGGUACAAACUGAACUUGCGGAGUUUUGUAAUGUAUAGUUAUUAAUAAGUGAGCACAAUGUAUUAAUAUAUAUGCUUUAUAUUUUGGUAUGUGCCAUAUUGAAUUUUCUUUCCUAGUCAUGUAAUGUUGCACAAUAGUUAAUAUAUUUUCUAAACUGUUUUCACGUAUUUUUCAUUGCUUGAAAUAUUUAUUUGUUACGUUGGAAAUUGCAAUGAUAAAAUUAUAUAACAUGUGAAUGUUGUUAAUGCCUUAUUAGAGUGAGUGUGUUAGAUUAAGUGAGCUAUUGUUCGGACGCAGUACCUAACGUAGGGCUAACGGCAUGGGACGCAGAUAUUGACAUUAUGACAGAAAAAUUAAAUAAACAUAUUUUAUUAUUAAUUACAUGAAAUAUACGAAGUUUUUUUAUAUAUAUCCUAAAUAUAAUGAGCACAGAGCUGAACCGAAGUAACCCGAAAAUACGACACAUAAUGAAUUUCAACGAAAUAAUUUAUAUUUUCAUGUGAAUCCGUUCACUCACUCGACAUUGGUCUCUUAAAGAGACAUAUGUGUAUAUCCAAAAAAAUACAUACAAUUUUCUACAUUACUCCGUUGAGGUAGAGACCAAAAUGCUACAUUGUAUAAAUUCAUAGCUCAUGUGAAUUUGUGUUCAACAAUCCAGUGCUGUGCGCCCUAGGUUAGGGUCUGUGGAGAUGCUUCUUUUCGCCUAGUCACGUGAUGUAUUCGAUUUCUUCUGAUGCAUUCAUAUUGUUAGAACUAGUCGUAUGGAACUCAUGACAUUUCUAUAAAAGUCAGGUUGGAAUAUUUUUUACACAAAGCAAAUUGUGGUACUUACGUUUGCUCAGUGGUUACAAAUUUGUUUAAUAUUCAAUUUAAUAAAACUGUAGAUAUAUUAUAAUUGACACCUAAUUUCAGCUUUGAAGUGUUACUGUAUUUAGAUUUAUUAUAUUCAAGAACAUUUGCGCGCUUAUUUAGAUUUGGUACUUGCUUGCUAAUAAUUCUAAUAUUAGCAAGUAAGUACCAAACAACUGCUAUAAGUUUUGAAUUUUCUAAGUAACUCUGUAAUAUCUUUACAUUCAGUAUAUUAUUUGAAGUUUCCGUGUACAAUAUUCUAAAACGCAAAUUCGUAACCACUGACAGCAUAAAUUGACUUACUAAAAUAUAGUAUGUAGCUAUGUUCUAAGUAAAAUAAGCUGCUUUUGAAAUUACGUUAUUUUAAAGGGUUAAGAAAUCAUUUUCUCAUAGAGUUGUCAAUUAAGAAUUAUUAAAAAUGUUAAAAAUGUAACUCAAUAUUGGACAUUAAGUUUAGGCUAAAUGUAAAUGUUGAUUUUCUCUUAGGACCACUUUACACUUACGCGAAUUGAUUCUUUGGGCCUGCAUAUUUAAUAACGUGAUCGAAAUACAAAUGGAAAUUAUAGUGAGUAUAGCACAUAGCCUGAUGUGGGGGAAUGUCACGUAGAGUACCAACGCCAAUCUUAUAGUUGAUUUGAAAUUGGUUCCUGGCUGUAUUGUAUUUAGAGUUUUCACAUAUUAAAUUCUAGCAAUAAUACUGCUAGGUUAAUGCCUUCCCUUCAAAUAAAGUUAUAAUCAUUAUAUACUGAGAAAUUAAUUAAUUUGAUUAAAACAUAUUUAAAAUUGAGAUUCGAACAAUGCGGUCAAGUGCAAACUGCAGUCCUAUGAGAAUCAAUUCACAUAAAGCAGUGGAGAGGGUCCUUUAGUCUUGUUACUGUACUAUAGCUGGUGAGUAGGACUUUUUCUUUGUGGACCAACAUGCUACUGUUAAGUUUGUACUUACCUAACAUAACUUAUUUUUAUAACGUUAUUGCUUUUUAAAUUCUUAACUCGCUUAGAUCUAAGGAUGUCUUGUAACGAGCCUGAACAUUGACAAAAUAUACAAGUUUCGUUUCUACACAAUAUAUAGUUGCCAAAA